AUGGUGAUGGUACUACCACCAGCGCUACACGCUGUCCUGGUAGUCCAACGCAGUCCGACGAUACAAUCCCCAGUGUUCCGAAGAUUGGCAAUCCAGCGGAGCCUGGCGGCGGCGGUUGGCACUCGCAUCGACUUCCAGUACAACACCAAUGUCGGUUACGCCUUCGUCAACUUCACCGACCCGGAGGCGAUCAUCGACUUCGUGAACAACUUUGUCAACAAGGAGUGGCAGGUAGGAUACCACCCACGAAAGAUCGCACAGGUGUCGUAUGCCACAGUCCAAGGCAUUGACAGCCUGAUCGAGAAGUUCCGCAACUCCGCCAUCAUCGAUAGCAGAGUUCAGCGACUCCCGUCCAAAGCUUUGCCGAGACGGAAUAACUAA